AUGUCGGCCGAUCCUACGAGUACCGUUCCCGAUCUCGAGCUGGGCGACGAGCCCUAUGACUCCGCCGAAGAUGAAGACUUUCAACUCGAUGGUGCUGAAGACGACUCCGACCAGUCUGGUCCCUCGGACGCCGAAGACGCCGCCGAGCCGGUAAAGAAGAAACGAAAGACAGGAAAGGAUAAGGGGCAGGAUGAACAAGAACUGGAUUCUGGCGACGAAGCAACUAUCAAGAAGGCGAAGGCAAAAAAAGACAAGAAGGGGAAGAAGUCAAAGAAUAGAGCUGGAGAUGACUCGGAGGACGAUGAGGAUGAUGUGGAUUUUGACGAUGAUGAAGAGGGAGGUCCAGGGGGAUUUGUUCGGACAAGAGCCAUGAAGAUGCACAUGCGCGAAGAGAAAAAACCUUUAGCAAAAGUUGAUGGCGCCACUGUUGAUGUCGAUGCGCUGUGGGCAAAGAUGAACGCCCCGGACACGGGCUCCGGACUGGAGAAAGAACAGCAGGACACAACCCCGGCGGUCGAGGAUACCGAAAAGCCAAGCAAAAAAGGUCCACCAGCACAAGAUAACAAAAAUCCAACCAAGGCGUCUGGGGAGACGAUUAAAAUCAAACGCACCUACAAAUUCGCGGGUGAAAUGAUCACGGAAGAAAAGGUUGUACCUAAGGACUCGGCGGAGGCGAAGCUCUUUCUAGCCAAUGGAAAGAAUGAAGCUGUGACUGACGCUGAUAUCGAAAAUGCCGCGAACGCCAAGGCAGCUCUCAAGCUCCGUCGACCUCUUCGCACGGUCUCACGGUUUGACCCCAACCCGAGCGGUUUAAUCAAGAAGAGCUGGGAGAAGCAACCUGCUGCGGAGCCUGGAGCAGAGACAGCCAAGGGGCCUAAGAUUAAUACGGUUGAGAAAUCGAGACUGGACUGGGCCGCAUAUGUGGACCAAGCUGGAAUCAAGGACGAGCUCACUGUGCACAGCAAAGCCAAGGAGGGUUAUCUCGGUCGCAUGGAUUUCUUGGACCGUGUGGGUGCCAACAGAGAAGAAGAAAGAAGGAAUGCGCGGUUGAAGGGGAUGUAA